UUCCCAGUGUGAGCUCGCUCCAUCGACCACCGGUAGCUACCACCUAUCCCGGCCGGUAGCUAGCAGCAGUAGCAGCAGCGCGCUACCACCCAGACUGCCGCGCCGUGGUCUGUGCUCUUGUGGACGCACUGGCCUCCACCCAUCCCUCUCACCGCGCCUCGCCAUCCGCGGCAAAGGCCACGGUACAGAUUCGGCCGGUCGAUUUAUAGCCACACCAUGGCCAGGAAGUGCUCCCACUGUGGCAACCACGGCCACAACUCCAGGACCUGCGGCCUGGGACACAGCAGAGAAACCAUGCCCUGCCAGGGCGGCGAUAACGGCGGCGUCGGAGGCGGUGGCGGCGGGGUGAGGCUCUUCGGAGUGCAGGUCCACGCCGGCGGCGGCGGUGCGGGCGCGGCGUCCAUGAAGAAGAGCUACAGCAUGGACUGCCUGCAGCUCGCGGCGCCUGCUGGCUGCUCCCUCGUCUCGCCGUCGUCGUCGUCCUCGUCCUCGCUGCUGCUGUCGAUCGAAGAGGGCCUGGAGAGGGCGGCCACCAACGGGUACCUGUCUGAUGGAAGUGCCAGAGUUGUGGCGGAGAGGAAGAAAGGCGUUCCAUGGAGCGAGGAGGAGCACAGGCAGUUCCUUGCCGGCCUGGAGAAGCUGGGCAAGGGCGACUGGCGAGGCAUCUCCAGGAACUACGUCACGACGAGGACCCCGACGCAGGUCGCCAGCCAUGCCCAGAAGUUCUUCCUCAGGCAGAACAGCAUGGGGAAGAAGAAGCGCCGGUCCAGCCUAUUUGACAUGGUACCGAUCUGUGAGAACAAUUCGAGCAUCUCCGAUCCGCCGAGCAGCGACGGCGCCUCGACUUCUCUGUCGCUGAACGUGCCGCGCCAUGAACGCGCCGAGAUGAGGACGACGGCUUUCGACCUGAAUUCCGCGGAGGAAGACGACGGCAGGGCCGACGUGUCGUCGGCGUCAGGUGCAGGGACCCGACCGUUCCCCGCGGCGGCCCCGGCGGAGCUGCAGCCUUCCCAUCAUCAUGGCCCUGCUGGUGCUGGGCACGGCCACCACUGCUCUCCGUUGGACCUGGAGCUGAGCAUGUCCCUGUCCACCCCAUCCGUCGGAACAUGACUCGCGCGCCUAGUCAUCGUCAUGGGCUCACGCAGCUCGCUCCAUGUUUCAUCAGCGCAAGUUGCCAUGGCCGGGGGUGCUGCAUGCUGUGUCGGUUCUUGCCAGAUGGAGAUGAGGCGGUAGGCAAUAUUAUUCGUGAAAAACGUUGUGCAAGCAGCACUAACUGUGGAUACCGUACCCUGUGUACUAUCUUUAGCGCCAUAUAUAUACGCGUAAUCAGAAUCGGUUCUGCUCCUGUAUGACACUGCACAUUCCUUGUUCAUUCCCCUGCGCGCUAGGCAUUGAAAUUGCCAGUUUUUGUACAAGCUAUGUAUAUGUUGACACAAACCAACGGCCGAGAUCAAUUUCUUGGUAAUAUGCAUCGAUCCAGUUCGUCUUCCUCAA